AAGAUACAUUUAAAAUUCAGGACAGCAUGAGAAACAGAAAAAAGGUAUUGGCACACUCAAGCACAAGUCUCCAAAGACCCCUAUGAUACUGGACAUUUCACAUGAGCGAAAUCAGAUGCACCGCACAACGUGGGGUACCCUGGUGCUGGCUGGGGACCUCAUCAGGGUCCGAUAAUAGGAACUGCACACCAUUGGCCAAGUAUCGCCAAGACGCCUGCACCUGCCUCAAGACAGAUACACCAUCCCACCCUUCCACUCACAACCGACAGCCUCGUGCAUAUCUUUCACAAGGCCAGAAGCCAUACAGUACCUACAUUAUCGCCCUUCACCGAACCGCAUGAAUGUCUCAGCGAGGUCAGCAAGCAUCUGACAGUUUCAAUGGCCAUCCAACCGUAACCUUUUCGCCCAAUACUUGGCAGCCUUCACCUCUGCGUCCGAUCUCACGAACCUCGUCCAGAGCCGCAUCAAGGGAGCCUGUAAGCACGACAUCGAUUACAAACGGAUCUGCGAAGCACGCCAACGGGAACGGGGCGGUGAAAGGGACACCGGUGGACGGAGAUUUCAGUGAUUUCGAUUCGGAACUUGACGAUAUGGAGGAUCGAAGGCCACCUUUGCACAGGCCGUCUGACGGACGGUCUCACCAACCGUUAUUGGGAAAAGACGAUGACGAGGAAAGGGGGAGGACGGGGUACGAGACCUCGAUGGAUGGACCAGAGAGACCACCUAUCUUUUCGAGGAGGUCAACGAUGAGGAGCCGCAGUCCUGACACCCAGGCCAAGCUUGCAACGAAGAAGAAAUACACAUACGCUGCGUUCUUCCUGGGACUGAGCUUGAUAAGCUUCGUGGUACAGACCGAGACGGCUGUGUACAUACAGCACGAACUGGGUUGGAAUAAGGCAUAUUGCAUGCUCUACUUCACUCAUGGCUCGUGGUCAUUGCUGUGGCCAUUCCAGCUCCUCAUCUUACGAUUGCAGAAAUGGAAAAUGCCUUGGGAUACGUUCUGGCGUCGACACAAAUACCUCGUCCGUACCACUGCUCAAAUGGUUGAAACACAAGAACUCGAUGUUCCUCGAAACCAACAUUCUCCAAUCCCAUACUUCAUUCGAACCACGGUCAUCAUCACAUGUGCCCUUACAAUAGCAGGGGGAUCAUGGUACGUGGCUGUGAAUAUGACAUCGCCGUCAGACCUCACGGCCAUCUACAAUUGCUCAGCAUUUUUCGCAUAUGCUUUUAGUGUGCCGAUAUUGAAGGAGAAGCUACGGAUAGGCAAAUCAGUGGCGGUUGGUAUUGCUAUUGUCGGUGUUUUGGUGGUAGCAUACGGAGACGCUGCCCCAACCAAGCAUGGUGGGAAGUCAGGCGGUUCCGUUGGAGGUGGACCAGCAGACAAAGAAGCCAGCAACCGUCUCGCCGGGAAUCUGAUCAUCGGUGUUGGCAGUGUCCUCUACGGCUUUUAUGAGGUUUUGUACAAGAGAAUGGCCUGUCCUCCGGAGGGAACCAGUCCAGGUCGGGGCAUGGUAUUCGCCAAUACAGUCGGGACCUUGAUCGGUUGCUUCACGCUUUGCGUUCUUUGGAUACCUCUUCCUAUCUUGCAUUACACUGGCCUCGAGAUUUUCGAGCUUCCUCGUGGGGAAGCGGCAUGGUUGCUACUCAUUUCCGUUUUGGCGAAUGCGACUUUCUCGGGUAGCUUCCUGGUUCUGAUCAGUCUCACCAGUCCAGUACUGAGCAGUGUUGCGGCUCUGUUAACCAUUUUCCUGGUAGCAGUGGUAGACUGGUUAUGGACCGGUGUUCCUCUCGGCCCAGCAGCUAUUGUUGGCGGCCUGUUCAUUAUUUUCGCAUUCUUGAUGUUGAGUUGGAGCACAUACAGAGAAAUGGCAGAAGAGAGACGAAAGAGACAAAUAGACAUCAGCGAUGAUGACAGCGAUAAGGGCGAUGACUGAACAUUUUUGGGGGUCUAAUAUAGGCGGAUGUAAGAUCACAUACGUACAUCACUGGGCGGUAGAAUCUAUCUCAUUCAGGAGUUUGGUUGGAUGGACAUGCAUAUGCAUUAGAGGCGUUGAUUCUCUCACGCUCUGUAAAGACCGCUAUGAGAUGCUUUUGAGAGUUAGAAUACAAACAUCGAUUCGAAUGUCACCUGGAUUUCGCGAUGUCCAAUACCAAAAGUUGAGUGUUGUUCGUUGUCUUGUAAUCUAUUUCCUGGAGUUGUGAAGCCCAGCGUGAUAC